AUGGUGAACGAACCGACGAGUGGCCUCGGAAUGAACGGAGAUAAUAAAGCAGCGUCAGAUUUGACACCCGACUACGUGGAUGCUUCAUUACAGCUAAAGCAAGGAGCAGCAGCAACAUCAACAACAGCUAACAAAACAAGCAGCACCAACAGCAGCAGCAGCAGUAACAUCAGAAAAACAGCUGCAGUAGUAACAGCAACCACAACAACAGAAGCAGCAGUAGUAGCGGCAGCAGCAGUAAUAGCAGCAGUGAUAUCAGCAGCAAUAGCAGCAGCAGCAGCAACAAUAACAUCAGCAGCAGCAGUAGUAGUAGUAGCGGCAGCAGCAAUAGCAGCAGCAAACAACAAUAACAUCAGCAGCAGUAGUAGUAGUAGUAGUAGCAGCGGCAGCAAUGACUUGGCACAUCGUACGAGAGGACUGGGUGCACGAGUCUAUUCGACAGCGGCUAUUGGCUACAUUAUAGGAGACAGGCGCGUCAUAAUAGCACCAAGUUCGACUAGAAACCGCAAAAGGCUUAAGAGGAGUCUUCAAGAAAGACCGAGCGAAAUGAACAAGAGGCAAAUUGAGAUGGAGUUUGAGAUGAGACAAGGAGAUAAAGAGAAAUGGUAUAAUGAGGACCCGUAA